AUAUCGUAUUUAGUGACCGUAUGAAUAAUAUCGCGUGCAAGUGGGGAUGAAGAUGAGCUAUAAAACGAUGGUCUGAUUUUAUGCCACUAUCAAUAACUUUUAGUUGUUUUCGUGGGUAACUUCAGUUACCUACUCGAGUGUAAAAUGAGAGCUUUUGUGCUCGUUGCCGCAUUGGCGGCCCUUGUUAAUGGCAGGCCGGAAGCCGGAUACAGUUAUAAGCCACCGUCGGGAAGUUACGGUGCACCCGGUGGACAUGGUGGCGGAAUUUCCAUAACGGGAGGCGGUGGUGGAUUCGGUGCUAGUGGAGGAGGAGGAUUCGGGAUAAGUGGCGGCGGUGCCAGCUUUGCUCACGGUGGGGGAAGCUUUGCGUCGCACGGAGGCUCGAUUGGAUUCGGCGGAGGUGGACACGGUGACGUCGGUUUUGGAGGAGGCGGCGGUUUUGGAGGAGGAGGCGGUUUCGAUUAUCACGGCGGUGGCGGUUCAGUUGUACAGAAACAUAUUUACGUACACGUCCCUCCACCAGAACCGGAGGAAUACCACCCUCCCAAACAUUACCCAGUCGCGCCAGCUCAGAAGCACUACAAAAUCAUUUUCAUUAAGGCACCUACGCCUCCUACACCGACCGUUCCAGUUAUACCAGUACAACCUCAAAACGAAGAGAAGACCCUGGUCUACGUUUUGGUGAAGAAACCCGAAGAAGCCCCCGAAAUCCACAUUCCACAAGCGGCACCAACUCAGCCAACCAAACCAGAAGUAUACUUCAUCAGGUACAAGACACAAAAGGACCAUUCGGGUGGCGGUUUAAUUGGCGGCGGCGGCGGAAGCGGAGGACUCAUUGACGGAGGUGGACUAGUGGGAGGCGGCGUUUCCGGGGGAGGAAUUUCCGGCGGUCACAUUAGCGGAGGCGGUAUUUCUGGCGGACACAUUAGCGGAGGCGGAAUUUCCGGCGGACACAUUAGCGGAGGAGGCCUCGAUGGAGGCAUUUCCGUUGGUCACAUUGGCGGAGGAGGUCACAGCGGCGGCGGCGUUUCCGCUAGCUACGGACCUCCCGGAAAAAGCGGCCCUUAUUAAUUAGUUCGUAAAUACUUGAGAUCAUACGGGGUUCCCCUAAUCCUGUACCUACCUGCCUGACCUGUGGGAUUGUGAUAGUCCAUCUACCAUUACCUUUUGUACAUAUUUUUCACGUUACUCACUUAGUUAAUGUUAUUAUUAUCAUUAUUAUUUUUAUUGCAAAAAAAUACGGUGACAAAUAAAUGUAUUUUUUUUAAA